AUGGCAGAUGAUGUUGAGAUGGUGGAUGAGCGCAAAUCGUUGAGCGAUGGCACGGCAGGGACCGAAAGUAGACUGGUAGAUGAUACUAAGAUGGCCGGCGAAAUCAAGGUGAAAGAUGUGGUUAUCACUAAAAAAAAGUGGUGGAUGAACCCAAGUCAACGGAUAAGAUCAAGGAGGAAUACAAACAGGUAG